AUGAUUUUAUAGAUAUCUCAAUGGGAUCAACAGCCGCCGCUCUCCUCCUCCUAGCGGCAGUCCCUGCCGUUUUUGCCGUGACUUUCAAGGUUGGUGAUAGUGCUGGUUGGGCCGGUGGUGUCGAUUACACGAUUUGGGUUAGUGGAAAGACUUUUAGGGUCGGUGACACUCUAGAGUUCAAAUAUGGUCCUUCACAUUCGGUGUCCGUGGUGGAUAAAGCCGAUUACGAUGGCUGCGAAACUAGCAGACCGACGCAGAGUUUUUCAGGCGGAGACACUAAGAUAAAUCUUACAAGAGUAGGUGCUAUACACUUCCUUUGCCCUAGUCCUGGUCACUGUCUCGGUGGCAUGAAACUCGCCGUUCCCGUACUUGCCGCCGUUUCAUCAGCGCCUUCACCGUCUCCAUCAGGGCCAUCGCCUUCUCCAUCGCCGGGAAACGCAGAAAACGUGAAAAACGCCGAGUCUAAGAGAACCAUGAGCUAUGGAAUGAUUGGGGUGACGAUGGUUUUGAUGUACGGUGUGAUUAGAUAAUUUCCGCAACAAUUGGCUCGAUAUUGUUUGGUCUUGGUCUUUCCAACUACUCCAUCAUCAAUUGCUCUUCUUGUGUGUUGUACCCUAAUAAUUUUUUUACCCUUGGUCAAUACUUUUUGCUUAUCAUGUUCUACAUGAUUAUUGAAUACACUAAAAAUCAUAGA